AAAAAAAAAGCAUGCUUUGCUUAUGAAGUCGUCUGCACAAACGCUGGUUAUGAGGUACGCCAUUACAACGCUUCCAAGUGGGUCUCUACAUCUGUCCGGUCUUACUUCAUGGAGAUGGCUAUCCAUGACGGUUUCAGAAAGCUCUUCAAGUACAUCAAGGGAGCUAACACAGAUGGUGUAAAUAUUGACAUGACCUCGCCGGUCCUGAUUAAGAACCCUGAGGCAAGGGACACAUGGGAACCUGCGACCUAUACGAUCAGCUUCCUGCUCCCGGCAGCCUAUCAGGACGCAGCUCCAGCACUGACCAAUGAAGACGUGCACAUUCUGGAGAUGCCGGAGAUGCAUGCCUACGUGAAGUCCUUCGGAGGCUGGAUGGUGUCGGUCAACUCCAGGCUCUACUCACUUCUGCUCUCCAGAGAGCUCAAUGCUGCCUCUGCCUCCUAUAACACCACCUUCUACUACGGAGCUGGGUACAACAGGUCCAAUGGCUCAAGAAUAUUUUUUUCUGAGAAACAUGAGUCCAAACACGAUACCUGCCGCCAGCACCAUCACUACAAUAACAACCCCCAAGACAUAUCCAGGUCGACCUACCAAAGGAAUACAACCAAAAUAAUGGAUGAAUCAAAUGAUGACAUGACCUCGCCGGUCCUGAUUAAGAACCCUGAGGCAAGGGACACAUGGGAACCUGCGACCUAUACGAUCAGCUUCCUGCUCCCGGCAGCCUAUCAGGACGCAGCUCCAGCACUGACCAAUGAAGACGUGCACAUUCUGGAGAUGCCGGAGAUGCAUGCCUACGUGAAGUCCUUCGGAGGCUGGAUGGUGUCGGUCAACUCCAGGCUCUACUCACUUCUGCUCUCCAGAGAGCUCAAUGCUGCCUCUGCCUCCUAUAACACCACCUUCUACUACGGAGCUGGGUACAACAGCCCUUGGACAGUGUUUAACCAGCACAAUGAAGUGUGGUACAUCGCAGAGGGGAAGCCAAAAUGCAGCGGCCAGCAGACCUAAAAGAUCUAAAAUAUGUUCAUUUAUUAGUAAAAUUCUAGGUGAUGCAAAACCUUUGGCCAUAGCUGUGUGUAUGUUAUUAUAAUUUUUA